AUGACAGAGAGUGAAGAUGUCAAAGUCAAGAGCGUGUUCAUCGCCGCAGGAUGCAAUCGAAUUGUGAAUAACGUCUCGUGGGGCGCCUGUGAUCUCGUUUCCUUCGGUUCUCAGAAUGCCGUCGCCAUUUUCUGCCCCAAGACUGCUCAGAUAUUGACCACUCUUCCCGGCCAUAAAGCACCUGUCAAUUGCACUCACUGGAUUCCUGGCGCCAAGUUUGCAUUCAGAGCAAAAAAGUUGGAGAGCCAUUAUCUUCUAUCAGGAGAUUCGGAUGGCGUCAUCAUUCUAUGGGAAAUGACACUUGCUGAUAGAAAGUGGCGGCUAGUGAUGCAGCUACCACAAUUACACAAGAAGGGUGUUUCCUGCAUAACUGGAAUUAUGGUUUCACUAACUGACACCAUAUUUGCUUCUAGUUCCUCUGAUGGUGCAGUUCAUUUAUGGGAGCUCAUCCUUCCUUGUUCUCCUGGGGGUGAAUGCAAAUUAUCAUGUUUUGAGAGUCUUUCAGUUGGUUCAAAGCCUAUGGUUGCUUUGUCACUAGCAGAAUUACCUGGAAAUUCUGAGCAUAUCGCCCUUGCAAUGGGUGGCUUGGACAACAAGAUUCACAUGUACUGGGGAAAGAGGACAGGAAAGUUUGUUCGUGGUUGUGAAUUGAAAGCACAUACAGAUUGGAUCAGGAGUCUAGACUUCUCAUUACCAAUAUGCAAGCCUGGUGAAGCAAAUAGCAUCAUGCUUGUCAGUUCUUCUCAAGACAAAGGCAUACGCAUCUGGAAGAUGUCUUUGCUGGGGUUCUCAGGUGGAGAAGGGCAGGAAACAUACAGGAAGGAAAUUAGCUUAGCAUCCUACAUUGAGGGUCCUAUAAUUGUGGCUGGUUCAUCUUCUUAUCAAAUAUCUCUCGAGUCUCUUUUAAUUGGACACGAGGACUGGGUUUAUUCAGUGGAAUGGCAACCUCCCUCUACACGUAAUGAAGGUAGUAGUUACUGUCAACCCCAAAGCAUAUUGUCUGCGUCAAUGGACAAGGCAAUGAUGAUCUGGCAGCCUGAAAAGAAAACUGGCAUUUGGAUGAAUGUGGUCACAGUUGGAGAGUUGAGCCAUUCUGCAUUAGGUUUUUAUGGAGGCCACUGGAGCCCAGAUGGACAGUCAAUUUUAGCUCAUGGUUAUGGUGGAGCGUUUCAUAUGUGGAGGAAUAUUGGAAUUGAUACGGAUAACUGGCUGCCGCAGAAGGUUCCGUCUGGGCAUUUUGCCCCCGUGACAGAUAUUUCUUGGGGAAGACAUGGUCAAUACAUUUUGACAGUGAGCCAUGACCAGACAACUCGUGUUUUUGCUCCAUGGAAAACCGAAGCUUCUCACCUAGAUGGGCAGUCGUGGCAUGAAAUUUCUCGCCCUCAAGUUCAUGGCCAUGAUAUAAAUUGUGUGGCCAUCAUUGAAGGUAAAGGGAACCAGCGAUUUGUGUGUGGGGCUGAUGAAAAAGUAGCCAGGGUGUUUGAAGCUCCUUUAUCGUUCUUAAAGACAUUGAAUCGUGCCACGCGACAAUCUGAUAUCCCUGAAGAUCUCCAAAUGGGCGUCCAGAUCUUGGGGGCUAAUAUGUCUGCACUUGGUCUCUCACAGAAACCAAUUUAUGUGAAUGCUGUCCAUGAGUCUCCAGGUGCAAAUGGGAAUGGCAGCAUUGACACCCUUGAAAGUGUUCCAGAUGCCAUUCCAGUUGUCUUUACUGAACCUCCUAUUGAAGAUCAGUUGGCAUACCAUACAUUGUGGCCUGAGUCCCACAAGCUUUAUGGUCAUGGGAAUGAGCUGUUCUCUUUAUGUUGUGAUCAUGGAGGGAAGCUUGUAGCUUCGUCGUGUAAGGCACAGUCACAAUCAGUGGCAGAAAUAUGGCUGUGGGAAGUUGGUUCAUGGAAAACAGUUGGUCGGUUGCAGUCUCAUACCUUGACAGUCACCCAGAUGGAGUUCUCUCGUGAUGAUACCAUGCUUUUGGCAGUCUCAAGAGAUCGUCAAUUUUCAGUCUUCUCCAUCCAAAGAACCGGAGAUGAAAUCAGUUCCCAGCUUGUAGCAAAGCAGGAGGGCCACAAGAGAAUUAUCUGGUCAUGUUCCUGGAACCCAUUUGGUCACGACUUUGCGACCGGUUCAAGGGACAAGACAGUGAAGAUCUGGACAGUAGUAGACAGCAAGGAUCCUUGGGUCAAGCAGAUAGCAACUUUACCGCAAUUCAGCAGCAGCGUCACAGCAGUGUCAUGGUUUGGCAUCGAUCGUCAGAGAGACCAUGGACUUGUCGCGGUUGGAAUGGAAAAUGGACUCAUCGAACUCUGGAGUAUAACAGUGAGGAGAAACAUCGACAGUGGUGGUUCUUCAGCCUCUGCUGCCCUUGCAAUCAGGCUGGACCCGACAAUGUGCCACGUCUCUCCAGUGAAUCGACUGUCAUGGAGAAGCCGAGAGAAGAGCGAGGACAGUAGGAGUGUGCAGCUGGCCUCUUGUGGGGCUGAUCAUUGUGUUAGGAUUUUUGAAGUGAAUCUUAGUUAUAAUUGA